UUUCCAUACCAUGUGAAUAUUUAGGUUAAGUUGUUUCAAUGUGACCGAUUGACUGACAUUGUGAGCUCGUUGUAUUAAGGAAUAAAUCGGUUGUGACUUGCUGUAUGCAGUGACAGAUGCUAAUUUCCAGGUUUGGUAAUGAACUGAAUAUCGGUACACCAUGGAGACGAAAGCAGAUUUCCUUAUAUUCUUUGUUAAUGGAGAAAAGGUGAUAGAGAAAGAACCCGACCCAACUUGUACAUUGUUACAUUAUCUUAGAUCUAAACUACAACUUACAGGAAGUAAAAAUGUCUGUGGUGAAGGUGGAUGUGGAGCAUGUACUGUAAUGGUCUCUAAAUAUGAUGAUGAAAACAACUCAAUACUACAUUAUUCCGUGAACGCGUGUUUAACACCAGUUUGUUCUGUACAUGGUCUAGCUGUUACAACUACAGAAGGUAUUGGUAGUCUUCGUACCAGAUUACAUCCUGCUCAGGAACAAAUAGCAAAGCAUCAUGGAUCCCAGUGUGGUUUCUGUACACCUGGUAUGGUUAUGUCGAUGUAUACUUUAUUACGUAACAAUCCACAACCAUCGAUGAUAGAAAUAGAGAAAUAUCUAGAAGGUAAUCUGUGUCGCUGUACGGGAUAUAGACCAAUCCUAGACGGCUAUAGAACAUUCUCUAAGGAAGCAUGUGCUAUGGGAGACAACUGUUGUAAAAAUCAGACUGAAAGCAGAAAAAACAACAAAUGUAAUGAUGAGAAGAGAGAGAAUUACAGUCCAUCUUACGACUCAACACAAGAACCAAUAUUUCCACCUGAUUUGAAGGUUAAUUUCAGUGCCUAUAAUAACAAGAGUCUUUUGUUCGAGAGUAAUGGUGUAAGAUGGUAUAGACCAGUAACACUCACAGAAUUAAUAGAAUUAAAACAUCAAUAUCCACAUUCUAAAAUUAUUAUUGGUAACACAGAAGUUGGUAUUGAAACUAGAUAUAAGAACAUGAAAUACUGUGUUUUAAUCCACACCUGUAAUAUACCUGAGUUAACCAAUAUAACCUAUACUGAUGAUGGUAUUAAAAUUGGUGCAUCUGUAACUCUAUCUCAGGUAGAGGUAGUUCUUCAACAAGCUAUUGAUAAUUCAUCAGAUGAGAUAUGUAGAGUUUUUAAAGCUGUUGUAGAAAUGCUGAAAUGGUUCGCUGGAAAACAGAUUAGAAACACUGCCGCUAUUGGAGGGAAUAUAAUGACAGCUAGUCCUAUAUCUGAUUUAAAUCCUAUAUUUCAAGCCUGUACAGCUGUAUUACAGGUGCUAUCUAAAGGUAAUAGUAUAAGAAAGGUGUCAAUGGAUGUGAAUUUCUUCCAGGGAUACAGACAGACCGUUAUUAAACCUACAGAGGUCGUGUUAUCCGUGACAAUCCCAUACACUGACAAGAAUGAAUAUUUUGAAGGCUAUAAACAAGCAAUAAGAAAAGAUGAUGACAUUGCUAUAGUUAAUGCUGGAAUGAGAGUUGUAUUUGAACCCGGGUCUAACGUCAUUAAAGACUUAUACUUGUCUUAUGGCGGAAUGGCGCCCACAACGGUAAUGGCAAAGAAUACAAUGCAAAAACUUGUAGGAAGGAAAUGGGAGAAUAAUUUGGUACCAGCAGUAUGCCAGAACCUGGAGGAAGAUUUACCACUAGAUCCUGGAGCACCUGGUGGUAUUGUAGAAUACAGAAAAACAUUAACCACAAGCUUCUUCUUUAAAUUCUAUUUAACAGUCACUCAACAACUCUAUAAUAAGGGAAUCACUCAAGAAAACACAAUACCACGAUCCCACCUUAGUGCUAUAGAAACCCGUGAAUUAGGGCCCAGUAAGGGAAGUCAAGUGUAUGAAUUAGUUGGGGCAGCACAGAAAGAUGAUAAUCCGAUUGGACGUCCAGUUGUUCAUUCAUCAGCAUAUCAGCAUGCUACAGGAGAAGCUAUAUUCGUUGAUGAUAUGAUCCCGUUGAAAGGUGAACUGUUCGUAUCACCUGUUUAUAGCUCCAAUCAUAUAGAUAUUAGUGACGAACCUUUAUUUGCUGUUGAAGAGGUAUAG